CCCUCGUUUGGAGUCCACCUCCUCCCCGCCGGUCACGAGCAAAUAAAAAACAAGAAAGCGCGAGUUCGGAAAGCGAAUCGGGAGAAGGCUUGGGUACAGUCGAGUGUGAGGGCAUUGCGAUCGAGCGACAGGCCCUGACAAUAGAGUGUGGACCGGAGCAAUUGCGAAGGGCUUUGGUCUUGCGCCGCGGAGUUCUUGUCGACCCUGGGAAAUUGUGAGUAAAAAGAAAGAAGCGUAAGGGAGGUUACAGAUGCUAUUCUAGGUGAAAGCCGCUUUUUCCUGCACUGAGAUUUUUGUUGAAUAUCUCCCGUCCUUAGGAUGUUUGCAAAAGCAACCAAGACUUUUGUGAAGGAGGUUGACUGUGGAGGAGACUUAAUCUCUGUGUCAUCCCUGAAUAAUUUAGAUAAAUUACAGUUCCUGAACUUAGUCACAAAGAAAAAGAAAACUUGGUGCUGGCAAAAUCCAAAGUAUCAUCUCUCAUCAGUUUCAUUGAAUGAUCUGCUUUCUGAAGAUAUGCAUGAACCUAUAAAGCCAGUUAUUGUAGAAUCUGACUUUGUGAAAUAUGAAGGCAAGUUUGAAAACUGCAUCAGAGGAAGCAUUGAUACUUCAUUAGGAAGAAUUAAUUUAGGAACUGGAGGAAGCGAUGUUGUGGAAAGUCUGUCCUCUUUUGGAAAUCUUAAAAAGCAAGAAGUUGACUUGCACAAGCUUAUGAAAGAUGUGAAGGGAAGGUCAAUAAAUCUACAGACUUCAUUGUUGGAACAAAUGCUUGAAAGAAAGAAUGAUGUUCUUUGUAUCCUUACAGAAAAAAUAUUGACAACUCAGAAAUGUUUAAUAUCUGAACAUAUUCAAAAAGAGGAAAAACUUGCUGGAAUGGUGGGAAUAAGUACAAAAAUUAUAAAGGUAUCAGUGAAUGAAAAUGGGAAUAUGAUCAAGAACUCCAAUGUGGUAUUGGAGAUCCCUGCUCCAACUGCAAUUGCUUAUGGUAUAAUAGAAUUGUAUAUAAAAUGUGACGGUCAAUUUGAAUUGUGCCUCCUUCAUGACCAACAAGGUGGUUUUGAAAAAGGGGCUAUAGAAGGACCAUCGGCUUUCAAAGAUGCUUGCUGCCCUCAUCUUUUUGAUGUUGUGGAUAAUGAGAAAUUGUCUGGACCUGAAAGCCCUAUUCCAAGUGAUGCUUCACUUAACAUUCUAAGCAAAGAUGUCCUCCAAUUAAAGACCCAGUUCCAACCUUUUAUGAAUUUAUCAGAAGAAAAGCAGAGAUCUUUAUACCAAAUGGUCUGUGACCUUUUGCUUCAUGAAGAAACAGUGAUGCAACUAGAAAAUGUGCUGGACAGUAUAUGUUCUGAGGGGAGUCCAGGCAACAUAGCAAUGGAUGAAUUAAAGUCAUCAGAGAAACCAUGUUUAGAAGAAUUUCUGCAGCUUGUGGGUGUACAUUUACAGAGCAAACAACAGAUUCACAAUAAGGAGCUUUUUCUAGCUGCUCAUUUCCUCCUCAGUGCUCUGGCAGAACUGUCAAGUUAUUCCCUAUGGUUGCUGCUAGCCUGCUGUGACCUCCAGCUUGUCCCUACUCUGUGUUUCUUGCCUAAUAUGACCUCAGAAGAUGGUACAGUGAUACUUGCAGAUCCCGUAUUGGCUCCACUUGCUGACCCAGGAAGGUUUCGGAUAGCACAGAGGCUAUUCGCUUUAUCAAACAUUAACCUUGAAAUGACGGAAUCUUCCAUCAAAGCUGCAACCAUGAAAAAAUCCAAUUUUUCCCCAAUCAUUCUGUAUAUAGCAUUGAAUGGCCUCCAUGCAUUAGGCUAUGAAAAAGACAAGAACUGAUGAAGCUGUUUGAAUAGUUUAAUACUACAAGUGUCUCUGUUUAAUGCCUCUUAGUGAUGAACCCACUAGAUUUGUGUUCAUGCAAUUGGAAUAUCUGCCGAUGGGCUGUGUUAUUGGAGUAAGACGAAUGCUGAAAUUAAUUAUAUGAAUGAAAAGAUGCAAAGAUAAAAAAGCAAUGCAGGGAUACUUGGUGAAAUGUUUGACACUCCUGUAUUAUUUUAAAGUUUAAAAAGAUUACUUGUCCUCACUUUUCAGCCAUUUAUUCAGCAACCAUUCAAAGUUACAACAGUGCAGAAAAAAGUAAUUUUAUGGCUCAUUAACCACCAUUCACAACCUUCACAGCAUCCGUCAGCCAUAUGAAUGCCAUUACAGUCAGUAUGUACUGUCUUGAGCCAGACCUGUGAUUUUUUUUUUCUUUCACAUACCAUCACCCCUUGUAGAGUAGAGAGAGAUUUCAACAAAGUAAGCUGUUCACUGUUCUACAUAUCAUGAUCACACUGGCAGCAGGGAAGGAGAGAUUGUCUUCAUAAAUUGCUUGCUUUUUAUUCUUCCCCCCACCUACACCUGAGUGAAGGGUUUGGAGAGAAACGGAUUUUAAGAGAAUGGCUCCAGUACUAGAUUGUGACAGAGUUGCAUUGCUUUUGAUGCAUACAAGAUAGCAAGGUCCAUUUAGCAAUAGCUUCAUUUAGAACUGGACUUGCCAGUGAAGAAUUUCUUGUACUGUAUUGUGCUUCAGUACUAAUCUUAUUUUCCUUAUAAACUAGAACAGCAGCCCCUAACCUUUUAGGCACCAGGGACUUGUUCUAUGGAGAGAGGUUUUUCCGUGAACUGGAAGGAGGUGGUUUUGCAUGCUGCCUGCAUCCCACAGCCUGGUGCUGGUCCACAGACCAGGGGUUGGGGACCCCUGAGCUAGAGUAUAUUCUAAUUGAAUACUAUGUGGCAAUAGUGUAUUCAAAAUUGAGCAAAAACCAGUGGUGGAAUUCAGCCGGUUCAGGCCGAUUCGGGUGAACCAGUUGUUAAAAUUCUGUGCUACCCUACCUGCCCCGCCCUGUCCAGUUACUCAUCUUGUCCACUCGCUUGCCCGGCAUAACUGCUGCUGCUUUGUCUGGCUCCCUUGCUUGCCUCGACCACACGGUCUCCGAGGGCUAGCCAACUUGCUCCUUCAGUUGCAUCUCACGUGGCGCUCUCCGGCACACAAUGGUGAGAAGUGCAAUGGAAAAACAUGACGGAGGGGAAGUCAGGUAGGCAAAGAAAUGGGGGCAAUGCUUGGGGGAAGCUGGGGCCUGGGCAGUGGUGGGUGGGGCAAGCUUAGUGGUGCUGCAAAGGCAAAACCAGCAACAACCAGAGCAGCCUUCUCCGUGCUCCUCGUCCUACUUGGGGAAAGAGAGGGCAUACGGGCAGCUGGGGCAAGCUCCGUGGCACUGCAAUGGCAAAAAGGACAACAGAACAGCCUUCUCGCUGCUCAUCCUUCUGCUUGGGGGAAGCAAAAGCCUGGGCGGAGGUGGGUGGGGGAAGCUCCAUGGCGCAGCACUGAAAUGGACAAAAUGGCAACAGAGCAGCCAGCGUGAGGGAAGGAAGACACUUUUUCUCUUUGCCUGCCCUUCACCUUUCCCUCCUCCUGGCAGCUCCCUUUCUCAUUUCCCUAUUGAGCACAGCAUCCAAGAUCCUCUUUAAUGGGGAGGUGUAACAGAGCAGCCAGCGUGAGGGAAGGAAGCUGCUUUUUUCUUUGCCUGCCCUUCCUCUAUCCAUCCUGCCAGCAGCUCCCUUUCUCAUUUCCCUAUUGAGCACAGCAUCCAAGAUCCUCUUUAACGGGGAGGUGAAACAGCAGCCAGCGUGAGGGAAGGAAGCUGCUUUUUUUUUUUGGCUGCCUUUCCUCUUUCCAUCCUGCCAGCAGCUCCCUUUCUCAUUUUCCCUAUUGAGCGCAGCUCCCAGGAUCCUCUUUGAUAGUCCACGCGCCUAAGGUUUCCCCCCCUUGCAGCCCAGGGCUAUGACAGAGGAAAAUAUCGGGAGAGGCUUGAGGCUGAAAAAAACAAGCAUUGCAAAGAGUUUUCAUUAAUUUGCACUUUCCAGCUUACUAUCACAGAAGUUUGUUUGUGUGUGUGUGUGUGUGUCUUGGGUUGAAUAAGCCAGAUGGCAAUGGCCGGUCUCAUCCAAAGGAGUUUUUGUUUCAGGUGGGUCUCCUAGCCUUAGAAGGAUAGACAGAAGGAGGAAGGAAAGGGAGAGAGAGAAAGGAGAGAGAAAGGGGAAAGACAAGAGGGAGGGCAGGAAGGGAAAGUGAAUGACAUAGUUGCAUGGAUGGAUGGAUGGAUGGAUAGAUACAUGAAGGGAGGAAAGAAGGAGAGAGAAAAGGAGGACCACAAAUCUUGGCACUAGACAUGCCUUUAGAAGACGCUUUGAAACAGCACAGCAAUCUAGGGCUGGAAGGGAUUCAGAGGUCAUCUAGUCCAAACCCCUGCUCCAGCAGGAGACCCCUACAGAAUCAUAGAAUAGCAGGGUUAGAAGGGACCUUGGAGGCCAUCUAGUCCAACUCCCUGCUCCAGCAGGAGACCUUAUAUCGUCUGAAUUAUUUUGGUGCCUUUAACAGAGAGGAAAAUUGCCAGAAAAGAGGAGUUUACUAGGACAAGGCAGAGGAAGGCAAAGGUAGUCGUCGAUUUAUGACCACAAUUGAGCCCAAAAUUUUGGUUGCUAAGCAAGAGCGUUAAGUGAGUUUCACCACAUUUUAUUCAAUCCAUGACACCUCCCUGCUCUAACAAUCAUGUGCAGGCUAGGGAAGAAAAUCUGGAGCCGUGUGUAAUGUUCUAAUGUACAGAAGUUAUAGUUAAAUGUGUGGUAGAAAGUGGGUGUCUUUUUCCAAAUUCAGUAAGUGAAAUUGAAUGUGUAUAGUUUUAGAAGAGCUCUGUGUGUGUACAUACACAUACAGUAUAUAUAUAAGAUACACAGUAUAUCUUUUUGUGUGCCUAUAUACACUAUACUUUGUAAUAUGUAUGUACACAUAUGGCAUAUAUACAUAGGAUUAAAUAGUUAUUUUGGAUGUUCAGUAGUGGUAAAUAAGUAGACUGGGAAAUUGUAUCGGUAUGAGAGGCCAGGCAAGGCACCCUUUGACAUGAGUGACGUCAAGUUGGCCAUGCCCACCCGAUCACAUGAUCACCAAGCCACGCCCACAAAACAGGUUGUUAAAAAAAUUGAAUCCCACCACUAGCAAAGACCAUCAUGAAACAGGAGAAUAAUUGAAAGAGCCAUUUAAGCAAACAAAGUUAAAAUAUUGAGCAGCACAGGAAUAAAUAAGCAUGAUCUGAAAUGUUGGGCUUUCCUUUGGAGCCAUUAUUUGGAUUAGUCAAAUAUCACAAAGGAUGUAGCAAGUUUCCAAGUAUUUUUCUUUAUGGUGUGGCAGAGAAACUGGGAACAGCAGCAUUCAGUUUGGGAGUCAUAUUUUUAAUCUUUCUAGUUAUAAAGGCAUUUUUAUUUACCCUACUUGAUUAAUGUGAAGUGUAUCAAAAUUGAGCUCUCAGAGCUGCUUGUUUUAGAUUGGGGGGGGUAUGUUAAGGAGCAAAAUGUAAUAUUUAGCUUUUCAGAUAUUCACAAAGGGAUAUAAAACCCAUUCAAUUCCAUUCACUUCUAUUAGCAAAGCCAUAUGGCCUCAAAUCAAUGAGUUAACAGAUUUUGGAUAAUAUAUUCACAGCACUUAUUAAAUGCUAAUUAAGGUAUUAUGGGAAUGAUAACGAGUUUUUUUCAGUGUUUUAAUUUAGGCAUAUGCAGUGCAAAAAUAUGACUUGUUAUUCUUUCAUAUUGAUAAAAAAAUUGUAUACAUCAUUCAAUAUAAAAUAACAUCUAUUGCAA